GGAGGGACGGGGGGAGGGACGGGGGGGGAGGGGGGGAGGGACGGGGGGGGAGGGGGGGAGGGACGGGGAAGGGGGGGAGAACGCGGGGGGGGGGAUGGGGGGGAAAAACGCGGGGGGGGAUGGGAACGCGGGGGGGAAGGGGGGGGAGAACGCGGGGGGGAAGGGGGGGGAGAACGCGGGGGGGAAGGGGGGGGAGAACGCGGGGGGGAAGGGGGGGGAGAACGCGGGGGGGAGGGGGGGGAGAACGCGGGGGGGAGGGGGGGGAGAACGCGGGGGGGGAGGGGGGGGAGAACGCGGGGGGGGAGGGGGGGAGAACGCGGGGGGGGAGGGGGGGGAGAACGCGGGGGGGGGAGGGGGGGGAGAACGCGGGGGGGGAAGGGGGGGGAGGGGGGGGGGAGGGGAGGGGGGGGGGGAGGGGAGGGGGGGGGGAGGGGGGGGAAGUGGGGGGGGGUGGGGGGGGAAAACCUCAUCCUUUUCUCUACCUAUGUCGUUGGUACCAACGUGCACAAUAUAAUGAGUGAAAAAACAAACUUGCAUUAG